UGUGUGUGCAGUAACAGCAGCAGCAGCAGCUAUAGUAACCUUUUACCCACUUCCACUGCCGCGAGUUCUCACGCUUCCUCAGCUCUAUAUAAAGCUCCAAUAACCGAGGCUUUAUUUACCCCAUCGUCACGAUUUACAGCAGCCUGUCGACACAAUAAAUCAGAAUCAGGAUGUUAUCCUAUCUUACCCGCUGGAUGUCCAGAGGUGCCAUCCAGGCAUUGAAGAAGGCCAGCAGUCGGCCUCAUGUGGUCAAGACUCCUCGUAUUGGGAAUCAGACGCUGGCGGCGGCCCCUCUGCCUUUUGCUGGGGGUAGUCCUGGAGUGAGACAGGCCCGAGCGCUGGAUCAGGAGAGGCUGCUGCAGAUUGAGUGGGAAGAUGGAACGAGUAGUUUGUAUCCGUUCACCUGGUUGAGAGAUAACUGCCGGUGUCCACUCUGUAUGCUGCAGUCAGCGCAGGCGCGCAGCUUGCUGUUCUUAGAUUUGGAUGUGCAUACAGGGAUGGACCAGGUGCAGCUGAUGGAGAAUAAGGUGUCCAUACUAUGGCCCGAUCAGCACAGCAGUGACUUUGAGCCUGAGUGGCUGAAGAAAAGAUGUUUUUCCUCUGAGGCAAGACAGGCUCUGCAAGAGGAACUCUUCCUAAAUGAGCGUGAAUACUGGGAUUCUGGUCUAAAGAUCCCCACGUUAGACUUUGAGGAGGUUUUGCACGAUGAUAAGGUUGCAUUGGCCUGGCUGGAGGCUCUGAGACGCGUUGGCAUCGUUUACCUGAGAGGGGCACCAGUGGAGCAGGGCCAGGUGGCCAGACUGAGCCAGAGAAUUGGUUAUCUUCGGCUCACCUUUUACGGACACACGUGGCAAGUGCAGGACAAGCCUAUGGCUAACAAUGUUGCAUAUACGGCUGGCAAGUUGAGUUUGCACACAGACUACCCUGCUCUGCACCAUCCACCUGGGGUGCAGUUCCUGCAUUGCAUCCGUCAGGCUGAGCAAGGGGGUGAGAGUGAAGUGGUCGAUGGGUUUCACGUGGCCGAGCGGCUCAGGACGGAUGAUCCUGAAGCAUUUACUAUGCUCUCCUCUCUCAGGGUGGAUUUCACAGACAGCGGUGCGGAUUACUGCGACUUCAGCGUGCAGUCCAAAAACCACAUUAUAGAUGUGGACACUGAAGGUCGGGUUGUGAGGAUCAACUUUAACAACGCCACAAGAGACACUGUGUUGGAUAUGCCUCUGCAUCAGGUUCAACCCUUCUACUCCUCUCUAAAGGCUUUUGUGGACCUGCUCAGCAGACCUGAGAAUGUGUUCACGUACAAAAUGGAACCAGGUGACUUGGUGACCUUUGAUAACUGGCGUCUGCUGCACGGCCGAAAGAGUUAUGCCUCACAUUCAGUUCAGAGCACAAGACAUCUAGAAGGAGCAUAUCUGGACUGGGAUGAGGUCAUGUCCCGUCUCAGGAUCCUUCGGAAGACUGUCCGAGGAGACGUUUAGACACUACUCCUCCCACAUUCAGUGACAUGAAUCUAGCUGUGAGUUGUCUAGCUAUGAAUAUGCAGUCAGUCCUUCGGUUUUGGGUUAAUUUAAGGUAACUUUAACAGCACAUAACCUCCAAAAGCUUUGAAUUCUUGAAGGGAUUUUUUUUGCUGUCGUAGGGCAUUUCAGUUUUAGCAAUUAGAUAUUUUUUAGGGCUUUUUCAAUUCCUCAUAUUUUCUUGCACAUGCCUAGAAAGCGCAUUUAUUUCAUUUCCUUUUGACCUAUUAUUGGGUCAUACAGUAUGAGGGACAGUUUUUGGGAUGGUUUAGAUUUAAAAUGUUUAGUUUAUGUGAAUAACUGGCUAAAGUAUGGAGCUAAUACUGUUGGGUUAUUCGGCAUCAUCAAUGUUCUCAUUGCUCACGUCGUGCAUGUUGAGUGGACACUGAUUGUACAGAUGCCAUUGAUGUUUUUGUAAUGUUUAUCAGACGAGCUCUUUUUGCUAAUCUUAGCUACGUUUUUUCCCCUUUUUAGCUGCUUGGUCAUUGUAAUCGUUUCCCCUUCAUUUUAAGAUUACAAUUGAAACCAAUUCUAAUUGUCUUAAAAGAAUAGUAUCUCCUCUGUUAAAAUAUAGUCAGAUCUUUAUAGAGUCUGAAUUCGGAUGAAUACAGUGUAUAUCAUUAGUUUUCCCCAUUUAUUCUCUUUGAUUUGCACUUUAAGUGUAGAUUUUAAUGAACAAUGUCAAAAUGAUUGUAUUGCUUAUGUUGUACAUGUACUGAAAAUGAUAGUGUUUUGCAAAGAGGAAGACAUUUGUUAUGGCCCUUAUUUAUUAGCUGAUGUCCAAAACACAGAUUAAUUGGUUGUAAAAGUGGCUUUUUUACAUUUAACACAUUUUACAUUUUUAAAACAUUAUUAGAAACGCCUGUGUACCAAUUGCGAUACACAUCAGCCCAGUGGACAUUGUUCUUUGUGACCUUUAUUUUGAAAAAGGCCAAUUUGUACAACUGCACUAACAAUGCAAACAGAGCAUAUUAAGAUAAAGUCAUGUCUCCUCCAUGAUUGUGUAGAUUAUGUCUUUGUAUGAAAUAUCUAGUAUAAAUUUAAUUUAUUUUGUGUAAACAAUAGACAUUGCUAUUGAGCUCAGGAUUAUCCAGUGGGUGUUUGUUGAGCACCUGUAUUUAAAGAUGCUAUAUUGCCAGGUCUUGAUGCCAUGUUAUAAAAAUGCUGUGUGAAUGUUAAAUGCAUUGUAUUGGCAGGAUUCUGACAUGGAUUUUUUAUUUUCUAAAAAACAAUAAAGACAUUAGUAG